UUAAAGCCCACAACUGCUCUCCAAUUUUUUCAAGUCGGUCUCCAAUUCGACACUAUUCUUUGCUUGAAGCUUCAGUCAACGCACAUCUUGCACCAACAGAAGGAAACCCCUUCCUGGCCAUGCCUUGAUUUCCCCCUCAAACCAUGUUCGACACCAUUUGCACCCUCCCUGUCCAGUCCGACAUCUUUGCUCAAGUCGUCCAUCCCAGGCAACCACUGUUCGCGAUCGGCUUGUCCUCAGGACAUGUGCACGCAUACAAGCUCCCCUCGGACUCCGAAGUCAUUGCGGAUACCUCAGAAGACAGUGCUUCGCCGCCCCCUAAACCUGCCAAUUCCGUCAAUGGCUCAAUAAUACCUUCACUGCGCAGAGCUUCCACUGCCAGCCUCUCCGAGAGCGGCCUCGGCUCACUUGAGACGUUGUGGACCACCAGGAGACACAAAGGAUCGUGUCGAUGUCUUGCAUUCAGUCACGAGGGGGAAAUAUGCUAUUCCGCAGGCACAGACGGUCUGGUAAAAGCGUUUCACACGGACACCGGCAAGGUUGUCAGCAAAAUUGCAAUACCUCAAAGUGCUGGAUUGAGGGAGGUUGAUGGCCCGACAGUCCUGCACGCCCUGUCACCGCAGGCUCUACUGCUAGGCACGGAUUCUGGGAAACUAUAUCUACAAGACCUGAGGCAGGGCGGAAGGGAAAUCGUCGCCAAAUGCAGUCAAACAUGGACACCUCACGGUGAGGAACAUAUCAACGCCCUCGUUCCGCUCCCCGCGAGCGAGACCAGCAGCAGCGGCUUCCCUAAGCAGUGGGUCAGCGUAGGCGGCACUACUCUUGCAGUGACCGAUCUUCGAAAGGGAAGUAUCGCAACAAGUGAAGACCAGGAAAUCGAAUUGACGAGUUUGGCCGUCGUCCAAGGCCUCAAGAAAGGCGGGACCAGCGUGGGGGAGAAAGUACUUGUUGGGCAGAGUGACGGAGUUGUGAGUUUGUGGGAGAGAGGUGUAUGGGGGGAUCUUGACGAAAGAAUCGUCGUCGAACGAAAUGGAUUGGGUGUGGAUAGUCUUGCCGAGGUGCCCUUUGGCCAUGGAAGCGGGAAAUUGAAGAUGAACGAAAAGCUGGUAGCUGCGGGCCUCGAGGACGGCAGAGUUCGAUUCAUCAGAAUCGGUCGUAACGGGGUCCUAGCCGACAUGGACGCCAAACACGACGAACUCGACGGAGUCGCCGCCAUCGGCUUCGACAUCGAAGGGCGAAUGAUCACUAGUGGAGGCCAAACUGUUAAAGUGUGGACAGAGGCUAAAGGACUUCCGGGUGGUGGUCGGGCUCCAGCGACCAAGCAUGAGAUAUCCUCCUCUGAGGACGACGACGUCGAAGAGUCCGAUCUGGACGACAGCAGCGACGAGGAUAGUCAGUCAAAGCCAAAGCGGAAGAAAAGGAAGAGGAACAAAGGAAAGGAUAAAUCCGGAGGCAAGGCGUUGAACUUGUUGCUUUGAUUGGAGGCCUGGGUCAAACAGAAGAGUGGGCAAUGGCGUUUCCCAAAAGUUCGUGGUGAUACCCCAGAUUAUGGUACUGACAGGCCAAGGAGGAAUGCUUUUGAUUGUGCUCGCAAGAUUCGGAGCUAAGUUGUUGGCAGCAAGGGAUAGCAAUCGUCGACGCUACAGCUCGAUAUGGGUCGGAAUAAAGUGACCAUGAUGCUUAAACUGCUCGUCAUAGUACAUAAUGUCGUCUGCGGUAUCAAGAUGGACUCGAUGGAGUGUACUCUAAGUAAACAGCUGCUUGGGCAGGACAU